UUUAUCUCUAAUUUCCCCUAAUACCGAGUUUGAGAGCGUCAUGGAGAAAAAUCCCACCUUCAGGAGAAGUGUUGAUAUUUGUUGCUACAGGAUGCAGGGAUAUCCUGGCAACUUCACAGCAGAAGAGUGACAUGCUGAAAACAUAGGAAAAACCUCAUGACAUCAAAUCUGGUAAUCCACACCAAAUUUCUGAAAACUAAAGAGAAGGAAAAAAUCUUGAUGGCAGUGACAGAUUUCUCACCAAAAACCAUGGGAGUCAGAAACAAGUGACACAUAUUUUUCAAGUGCUGAAAGAAAAGAAAUGUUAAAAGAAUCAUAUAUCCAGUGAAAAUAUCUUUCAGGAAGAGAAUUUGUUGCCAGUAAACCUACCCUAAAAGACUGGCUGACGGAAGUUCUCCAAACAGAAAGGAAUCAAUUAAAAAAAGAAUCUUGGAACAUCAGGAAAGAAGAACACAGUAAAUAAAAAUACGGUUAAAUGCCAUAGACAUUCCUUCUCCUCUUGAGUUUUCUAAAUUAUAUUUGAUGGUUGAAUCCCAAAUUAUAUAUGAUUAUGUCUGAUUAGUUCUAAGUAUAUAUUGAAGAAAUACUUAAGACAGCUUUAAAUGGGGGAGGUUAAAGGGAGGUAAGUUUUCUACCCUUCUCUUGAACUGGUAAAAUGACAUACCAGUAAACUGUAAUAAGUUAAGUAUGGAGCAACUACUAUGAAAGCUAUACAGUGUGAUACACCAAAAAAUGCUAUAGAUAAAUCAAAGUGGAAUUCUAAAAAAGUGUUCUAAUAAACUACAAGAAAGGCAGGAAAAAGAAAACAGAAACAAAAAUCAGAACAAAUAUAAAAGAAAAAAUGGCAGGCUUAGGCUCUAACAUAUCAGUAAUUACAUUUAAUGCAAAUGGUCUGAACACACCAAUCAAUACAAAGAGAUUGAUAUAAUGUGUUUAAAAAUGACCAACUGUAUGCUGUCUACAAGAAACUUCACUUCAAAUAUGAUAUAGGCAAGUUGAAUGUAAAAAGAUGGAAAACAUAUUAUGCAAAUGUUGAUAAAAAUGUAUUAGGAGUGGCCAUACUAAUGUCAGAUAAAGUGACAUCAGAGGAAAGAAAAUGACCAGAGACAGAGUAGGACAUUAGGUAAUGAUAAAAGAGGACACAGCAUUCCUAAAUAAGUAUACAUAUUUACAAACAACAAAGGUACAAAAUACGUGAAGCAAAAACUGACAAAACUGAAAGGAGAAAUAGAUCUACAAUAAAAGUUGGAUACUUCAAUACAGAAAAUCAGCAAGAACACAGAACCGAACAACACCCUCAACCGGAUGGAUCUAAUCCAUAUUUACAGAACACCUAGCCAAAAAUACCAGAAUACACCUUCUUUUCAAAUGCUUCCCAAAAGUAUGCAAGAUAGACUGUGUAAACAAGGCCAUACACAAACUUCAAUCAAUUUAAAAGAAUUGAAAUCAUACGGUGUGGGUUCUCCAUUCACAAUAGAAUCAAACUAAAAAAUCAAACAUAAAGUAACAGGAAAAUCUUCAAAUGCUUGAAAACGAAACAUUUCUAAUUAAUCCAUGGAUCAAAGGCAAAGUCUCAAGGAAUAUAAAAAAUACACCAAGCUUAACUAAAAGUGAAAAGACAACAAAUUAAAAUUUAUAAGACACAGCUAAAGCAGUGCAGAGGGACAUUUAUAGCACUAAAUGCAUAUUAGAAGAGGAAGGGGCUCCUGGGUGGCUCACUCGGUUAAGCGUCUUGACUCUUGAUUUCAGCUCAGAUCAUGAUCUCACAGUUCAUUUAUUGAGUUCCAGCCCUGCGUGGGACUCAUCACUGAUGGUGUGGAGCCUGUGUGGGAUUCUUUUUCUCUCCUUCUCUUUCUGCCCUGCCUCUGUGCACAUGUGAUGUUUCUCUCUCUCUCUCUAAAACUUAAAAAAAUUUUUUAAAGAAAAGAGGAAAAGUCCCAAUCAUCUAAUCUCCCACCUCCAGAAUCUAGAAAAAUAAGAGAAAAAUAACCCAAAGCAAGCAGGAGAAGCAGGAGGAAGAAAAUAGUAUAAAUAAUAGAAGAAACCAAUUAAAUUCCAAAUAAAAAUAAUAGAGAAAAUCAAUGAAAUAAAAAGUUGAUUCUUUGAAAAAAUAAAACUGACAGAUAUCUAACAAGGAAGUCUUCUUCCCCAAACAUUUGAGAUUUCAAAUGUGUUUAGCAUCAAUUCCUUUAUAUUUUCAGACUUUUAUGCAUCAUUUCUUUCUCCCAUCAAUUGAGGGGGUUCUUUAAGUGAUUGCUUACAUGUCUCCAUCUUUGCCCUGAGUCAUUGUUUUUUCUUGCAUAUAGUUAAAUGAGAUUUUAAGAGAUUUAUAACAAAAUUAAAGAGUUCUAAGAUGAACCAUGAGGGUUGGUCUUUAUCUUUCAUUUUUAGUAAACUUGAAGAAUUUUUAAAAUGUAUAAUGGAAUGAAAGGAAAACAAACAUUUGUAGCAUAAAAAUGGAAAUCAGCUUGAUCAGCUAUGCAAUAAUUAUAAGCUAACUAAAUAAAAUUAAGUUUAAUAUACUUUAUAAUGUUUCAUCAAAGUAUUAUUUCAGCUCUUUGAUAAUAAUCAGUUAAUCUUAAUGAUCUGUCACUUCACAUAAGCAUACACGAACAUAAUAAGUAUUGGUAUGAGUAUUGGAAAUGGUGUUUUUUUACAUUGUUUCCCUUUACAUGUUGUGUCUAGAGGAAACCAAGGUUUUGCCACCUAAUUAUUAAAAAUAAGCUGGAAUAUGAGUAAGAAGGUUCCCAAUGAAUGAAGGAAACGUUCUACAUCUUGAAAGAGUUGUGGGUUACAUGGAUGGAUCCAUUGUUAAAAUGGCACAGUUAAGAUUGGUGCAUUUGAAUUUGUGUAAAUGUUACCUUAAAACAACUAUACAAAAAUAAACAUUGACUGGGAGGCAGAGGGUGGAGGGAAAGAUCUAGAUGAAGCAAGACAAGAUGUUUUGAAGCUGGGUGAUGUGUACAUGGAAGUUAUGCUGUUUGCCUUGUAUGUACUGAACUUGUUCCACAAUAAAUGCUAAUGAGUUAUUACUUGUGAGACAAGUUGAUAAAUGUCAAUUCAAUUCUACUCUAGCAAAGCAAAACAAAAGAGAGUAAAACAGAGACGCAUUCUCCUGAAAGAAUCUAAAGUAAUCCAUUUCCAUAAAAAGGCAGUUUCUUCACAUACCAACUGACACCCUUGGAGGAUACAUUAAGAUAUUCUGUUCUUCUUUCUAUAAUAAAAAGCAAUGUUCUACAAGAUAUUUCAGUGAUCUAAACUGAGUUCUACAAAUGCUGUACUGCUAGUAAAAUUUGCUUUAAAAUGAAAAAUUAUUCAGUAAGCUAUCUGUGAAGAUGUGUGGUGGUGCUGCAGGUCAAGAGAGUAAAUAAAGGACUGCACAGAUGUCAGGGAUGCCGUUAAGCUGGAAUCAGAAUAUCCACUGAAGGAAGGAAAUCUUUAGGGUUGGACUAGAAAUAGCUCUGUUUCAAAGAAGAAACUACACCCAUAUAAUGUGUUUAUGGUUGUUGGUUUUACUUCAUCAGUUUAUUUUGUCAUUCAUACCCUCAAGGAAAUCUAUUCUCAGUAACAUUUAUCAAGUGAACCAUAGAGACUGGUCACCAUAAUCUUAUUUUUUUAUCCUUCUGGAUAGAUAGAGUGCUUUUUAAGUACAAAAUUAUUUCAUAUGGUCAGAGUUUAGAUUUUAUUUAGCUUUACUUAUUUUACCUAGAGUUGAAACAUUUUGAAAAAGAUCCUCAGUUUUAAUCUUUCAUCAUUUUGGCUCUUACCUGAAGUGAAGUUUGGUUGAACUCAGUUGAUUUAAUCUCUCAAUAUAUAUGAAAUCAAUCUGAAAUGAAAUUAUGCUCGGCGCAUUUUGUGUUGUUAUAUGUGCACUGACCCAGUUCAUGUAUUUUCAGGAUGUUUAAAGACAUGUUUUCCUAUUAAUCUGAACAGAAACUGAGGAGGUAGAAAUGGAUAAAGCCAUGAUGAACCAUCAUUGAAUUCUGUGGAAUCCACUCAAGUGUAAUUCACCUUUCACAUUACCUUAUUUGAUGUUUAUUUCUAGAAACUCAUGUCAUCUUUGUUGUGGGAGGGUGGUAGAGGUGAAUGUUUAUUUUCUGCAUUGCAUUAUGUCCUUACAACAGGAUAAUAUAUUUGGGCCUCGAUUAAUUACUAUAGGAGUUAAAUUUGAUUUAAAAAUUACAAUAAUAUAAACAAUCCUAAUAAAAAUCAUGACCAAUUCUACCUGUACAAAAUGAAGUAAAAUCCCAAGAUGUGUACUCAUGACAGACUAUUGAUUGUUGCUAGUUCCUCUUUUAAAUAAUUGAAUUGAUUAGAUACUUCUAUCUUAAGUAUUUCUUGGCCUCAGUUUUCCUUCUAAUAGCCUAAUUCUUUCCUUUAUUUUGCAGGUAUAAGCACAAAAUAAAGUAGGUCUGUUGUUUAUGUCAUUUUAUGAGCCAUAUAACUUAGAGAAAUAGUUUUUUUAUUUUAUAAUUGGUGUUGCUAACCAACAUUUACAUUUUGUAGUUUAUUGAUUUGUUUGUUGGGACAAAUAAUGUACAUUUUGAAUUCACAAAUCACACUAUUCGUCAGAGAUAAAUUUCAUUGCCAAAGAAUACAAGAUUAUAGUAAAUUUACAUUACUUGGGGUAGUGAUUUUUAAACAUUAGUAUGCAUGAGAAUCACUUAAAGACAAAGAUUGAAGUGCAGAUUUCAGUUAGCACCCCCAGAGAAUUUGAUUCAAGAUCUAGAGGGAAGACUAGGAGUUGACUUUGAAAAAAAAACAACCCAAGACUCCCAAGUAAUUAUUUAUGCAUAUGGUUCACACACUAUGGUUUGAGAAACACUGACUCCACCUCAAAGUCUUUAUAACGCUCAGAUUUGGGGAAUAAUAUUGCCUGUAUGUUAUCAUAUUGAAGUUAUCAAUUUGAACGCGUGGUGGCAGUGCAGGCUAAGAGAGUGAAUAAAGCUCUGCAGAUUCAGAGGACUCCAUUUUAUUCAGAGACCCCCUCUCCCCUCAAAUAUAGGACACAUUUACAGCUAGAGCAAAGUUAGAAGUAUUCAGGAAGGCAGUCGUCACCAGAGAAGUUAUAAGACAAAUUCGAAAUUCAACAGCAAAGAGAUUACGGAGCGUAGAUGAUGGACGUGGUGAUUGGGACUGGAAAAGGAUUUUUUCCUUUGGAAUCAGACCUAAUAGAAAUGGCGCAAACAAAAGUACAUCGCAAGAAAAGGCAAGUGACUAUCCUCAUUAUAUGGAUGAUUUUGUGGGAAGUGGGUUCAGAAUCGAUUCAAUAUUCUGUACUGGAGGAGACAGAAAGUGGCACGUUUGUGGCCAAUUUGACAAAGGAUCUGGGACUCAAGAGAGGAGAGCUGGCUGAGCGGGGUGCUCAGGUCGUUUUCAAGGGGAACAGACAGCAUUUGCAGCUUGACCCACAGACUUAUGAUUUGCUGCUAAAUGAGAAACUGGACCGGGAAGAGCUGUGCGGUUCCACUGAGCCCUGUGUGCUACCUUUCCAAGUAUUACUGGAAAAUCCCUUGCAGUUUUUUCAGGCUGCUUUACGAGUCAGAGAUAUAAAUGACCACGCCCCAGAGUUCCCAACCAGAGAAAUGCUACUAAAAAUAUCAGAAAUUACUACACCAGGAAAGCUAUUUCCUUUGAAAAUGGCACAGGAUUUAGACGCUGGUAGCAACGGUCUUCAGAGCUAUAUAAUCAGCUCCAAUCCUCAUUUCCACGUUCUCACUCGCAAUCGCAGCGACGGCAGGAAGUUCCCGGAGCUGGUGCUAGACAAAGCCUUGGACCGGGAGGAGCAGCCCGAGCUUAGGCUUACCCUCACAGCACUGGAUGGUGGGUCUCCGCCGCGUUCUGGAACCACGGAGAUUCAGAUACUGGUCUUGGACAUCAAUGACAACGCCCCCGAGUUUGCUCAGGAGCAAUAUGAGGCGCAAAUCCCUGAAAACAAUUCCCUGGGCUCUCUGAUUAUCACCGUCUCAGCGAGGGAUUUAGAUGCUGGAUCUUUUGGGGAAGUAUCUUACGCCCUGUUUCAGGUAGAUGACAUUAAUCAGCCCUUCGAAAUAAACGCAAUUACAGGCGAAAUUCGACUGAGAAAGACUUUGGAUUUUGAGGAAUUUCAAUCUUACCAUGUGGAUAUUGAGGCUACAGAUGGCGGGGGACUAUCAGGAAAAUGCUCUUUGGUCAUCAAGGUUCUGGACGUAAAUGACAACACUCCUGAACUGACCAUGUCCUCACUCACCAGUCCCAUUCCCGAAAACCUGCCAGACAUCAUAGUGGCAGUUUUCAGUGUAUCAGAUGCAGAUUCUGGACAAAAUCAACAGAUUGUUUGCUCUAUAGAUGACAAUCUCCCCUUUCUUCUAAGACCAUCAGUGGAGAAUUUCUACACAUUGGUAACUGAAGGAGCGCUGGAUAGAGAGAGCCAGGCCGAGUACAACAUCACCAUCACCGUCACCGACUUAGGGACCCCCAGGCUGAAAACGCAGCACAACAUAACCGUGACGGUCUCCGACGUCAACGACAACGCGCCCGCCUUCAGCCAAACCACCUACACCCUGCGCGUCCGCGAGAACAACAGCCCCGCCCUGCACAUCGGCAGCGUGAGCGCCACGGACAGGGACUCGGGCGCCAACGCCCAGGUCACCUACUCGCUGCUGCCGCCCGCGGACCCGCAGCUGCCCCUGGCCUCCCUGGUGUCCAUCAACGCGGACAACGGGCAGCUGUUCGCGCUCAGGUCCCUGGAUUACGAGGCGCUGCAGGCGUUCGAGUUCGGCGUGCGCGCGGCCGACCGCGGCUCGCCCGCGCUCAGCAGCCAGGCGCGGGUGCGCGUGCUGGUGCUGGACGACAACGACAACGCGCCCUUCGUGCUGUACCCGCCGCAGAACGGCUCUGCGCCCUGCACCGAGCUGGUGCCCAGGGCGGCCGAGGCGGGCUACCUGGUGACCAAGGUGGUGGCGGUGGACGGCGACUCGGGCCAGAACGCCUGGCUGUCGUACCAGCUGCUCAAGGCCACGGAGCCCGGGCUGUUCGGCGUGUGGGCGCACAACGGCGAGGUGCGCACGGCCCGGCUGCUGAGCGAGCGCGACGCCGUCAAGCACAGGCUGGUGGUGCUGGUCAAGGACAAUGGCGAGCCGCCACGCUCGGCCAGCGUCACGCUGCACGUGCUGCUGGUGGACGGCUUCUCGCAGCCCUACCUGCCGCUCCCGGAGGUGGCGGCGGCCGAGGCGCGGGCCGACCCGCUCACCGUCUACUUGGUCGUGGCUUUGGCGUCCGUGUCGUCGCUCUUCCUGUUCUCGGUGCUGGUGUUCGUGGCGGUGCGGCUGUGCAGGCGGAGCCGGGCGGCGUCUGCGGGUCGCUGCUCGGGGCCCGAGGGCCACUUUCCGGGCCACCUGGUGGACGUCAGCGGCGCGGGGACGCUGUCCCAGAGCUACCAGUAUGAGGUGUGUCUUCGGGGAGGCUCGGGGACUAGUGAGUUCAAGUUCUUGAAGCCGAUUAUCCCGAACUUCCCUCCCCAGGGCAUUGGAAAGGAAAUGGAGGAAAGCCCCACGGUUCGGGAUAGUUUCUUAUUCAGUUAAGUAUUCUAUUCAGCUCUUUUGAAAAUCUCUUUUAACUCAAAGUUACAUGUUAUUGAUGGUCCGAUUUUAAUUAUUUACGACGCGUCCUUAGAUUGAGAAAAAAUCAGAUACUGAGUAUACACAGUAUUUUCCCUAUGCUAUGGUUAGUAGAUUUUUGUUUCUCUCAACUAUUUUGACAGUCUGAAUAAAAAGUAAAUUUUUAUUUGAAUACUUUAAAAUUUUUGAAACUCAAUCUAUUCAUUUUACAAAAAUUGUAAUGCAAAGUCCUUAAGUAGGAUUGUAUAUCUAUUAGUGACAAUGGUCAUCACUAUAGCUAUGUAAGGAAAUUUUUAAAAUGUGAGUGUUUGGGGCAUUUGACUGACUCAGUUGGUAGAGCAUUCGACUCUUGACCUGGGCGGUGAGUUCAAGUCCCAUGUUGGUUAUAGAGCCUACUUAAAAAAAAAAAAAAAAAAGAAGAAGAAUAAAAUGUGAAUGUUUGAUAUUUAAUCUGCUUGUUUAAGUUUCAUUUUGGGGUGACUGCCACAGUGUGAAUAACUAAAGAUAAAUACUAAAGAUGGCUAAAUGCAAGGAUAGCCAUUCAUAUUUAUGGGUAAUUCAACAUACCAUAAUAGUCAAUACAUUUUUCUAUGUAUAUAAACUUUACAAAAGUAUCAGUACAUUAAACUCCAAUUGGUGAGCUUCAUGUAAGCCUAUGAUAGUCUUUUUUAAUAAUACCAACCCAAUUAUAAGUGCAUAAUAAAUAUUUGUUGAAAGUUAUUAACAUUCCAAUAGUGAAUUUAAAAAAUUAAUUUUCAAGGAAUACAGAAAAAUGCUAAUGAAGUACCUUUGUCAGUAAGUGAAACUACACAUCGUUUUAUUUUCUUUCUAAACAGAAAACACCCUCCAUGCACCCUAAACUCUAUUACAGAAUAUAAAAUGUUGAGAGUAUAUUUCAUCUCCUUGUCUUUGUCUAACAAUCUGAAAGUUCAAAUGUAUUAUUUAGUAAAAUCCAAAUUAAAUUGAAAAAUACCUUCCUCCUAGCUUCUAAAGCUUUUUUAUAUGUGAUACCUGCCAAGACCUAAGUAAGCUAUUAGUGUCAUGUUAUUAGGUAAUGUCGGAUUUUCUGUUCUAGUGCUGUAUAAGUAUCAUUUAUCUUUCUUUUUUAGGUAGGCUCUACGCUCAGUGUGGAGCCCAGUGCAGAUUCUGAACUCACAACCCUGUGAUUAAAACCUGAGCUGAGAUCAAGUCAGUUGCUCAACCAGCUGAGCCAGCCAGGCACCCUGUCAUUUAUCUUUAUUAACCAUAAAAUCAUUUACUUUCACAGUUUAGCCCGUAUUUGUCUUGUGCUGGUUUUAUUUGUAGUAUUUUAAGAAAAAUUUCUUAUUUCACCUUCCCAUCAAAGUCAGGCAGUUUAUACUAAAGUGACAGCUGAGUGAAUAUUUUAUUUUUAUACUUAAUUAAAAUGGAACUAGCCUUAACUAAA